GCUUGUUGUAGAACUAUAAGCAUAUCUUGUGAUUAUUUACAGUGGUCUUCAUCGGGCUUAGUUAGAAAAUGGUCACGCCUUUAAAACAAAUAAAUUUACCAGCAUAACGGUCUUGCAUAAUAUACAAUAUACGAUUUUGUUUCAAAAUGCAGUUCAUGCGGAAGAAGCUACAAAUAGUGCAUGCACAUAACAGACGGAAAUUGAUCAGUACAGGAAGCAAACUUCCGUAUUCUCCGAUAAUGUUUUUUAGGGGCAAUUCGUAAAUAACUACUACCAUUUUAAUACACUAUCAUAUUUGUAUUAGCUGAACAUAGGAAUGAACUGUGAAAAUUAUGAAAAAAAGUAGAUUAUGGUGAACAUGUAACAAAACUUCCUCUUCAGAAAAUUGACAUUUUGAAACCUAGACAUCCUAUAGAAAAUAUCCUGAGAAAAUGAACCUGUCAUAUUGGUGCUUCACAAUCCUUGUUCUUCAGACAAUGAUGAGCGAGAUAACAACUGAGAAAUUAUAUGAUAGAUCCAAUGAAGAAAUUAUCAUGAAAGGACUGGAAAUUAUAGGAACUUAUUUUAAAGAAUUCAAUAAAACACUCGCUGACUAUGUAUCACAUCCAUCCAAUAAACAUGAACUCAAUGCCAGCUGUCGCAAUGCAACAGUGAAGACAUUUUUCCAGGAAAUCAGCAGAGUAUCAAACCUAAGAGUUAUAGUACGGAACACAACCAAACACUUAUCAUUGUGUUUUUCGGAGGAACGAGACCAACCGGUUCCGGGAGGACUCAAUGAAAUUUGCUUGCAGAAACAGUCGAUUGAGAAACAUCUUAGCGCCAAGUUAAAACAGAUUUUGGGAAAUGGCGAAGGUGGGGAUGUCAUUAGUUGCUCUGUAUAUGUUACGCAUCGUCUGAUGUCUACAGAAAGUGCUACCACCAACACCGUCAGCGCAUCUACACAGAGUGCAUACGGGUUUAAUGUCAGCACAAACACAAGUAAUGGUACAGUUACGAACGCCGGAUGGUUCGCAGGUGGUGUUGCUCUGGGAUUCCUCACUUCCGCUUUGAUUCUCCUAUUAGUCUGGUUAUACAACUCCUACCAACAAAGGAGAAAAGAACAAUAUAAAAGAAAGAAAAACAAAAAAAAGAUGUCCACUGUUUAUGAGGAUAUCGAUGAGUAUGAAAUGAUUCCAAUUUAUAGAGAUUGCGAGGCACAUUGCCGCUUAACACGUCCGAAAAAAGUAGUCCACAAAGCUCAAACUCUAAACAAAGAGCAACUGAGAGAAACUUUACCUGAUCAUUAUUUCGGCAUCGAAGAAGACAAAACGAUUGUACAUAUCUCAAAUUGCCACUCCGAAUCUGAUGCUCGGAUGUCAUCUUCAGGCUGUGAAGAUCAGAGUUCAGCAACUCAGAUAACAUUCAUUGAGCAAACGGACACUUAUUUUGUAUUAGAGAAUAACAAAGACUGUGCGGACAACCAUGAUGCUCACGAUCAUACCCAUGAUAGUAUUGAAAACCAAAACAACAGCAGUACUGGUGCAACCACUACCAACAUUUGUGGUUCGCAAAAUAAGUAUGCCAAGGAUUGUUCUUACAGCGAUGGAUUGUUGAAUGCAACCAGCAAUAAGAUGGAUAAAAGGAACAACAAUGUUAGAGAUGAUCCAGACAUAACAGAUGCUAAAAUUGCGAUCGGCAAAUUUAAUGAUAACCCUCUUGAAGAUGAUGUCAUGAAUGACGCAAACAACGCUGACAGUGGUCAUAUUAAAAGCAGCUGUACGGAUGAUGACGUUUAUACAGAAACAAAUAGUGUGUGUAAUGAAUACAACACACUUAUUUUGUCUGAAAUAGUGUCUCAGGAUAAAGAUGAUACGUCAGCAAUAUACAUGUAGUAAUAGAUAAAUCCAGAGAGUGUUAUUUGACAACUGAGAAAUGAAUUAUAUUUCUUUUAAUAUCGGAAUGAUUGAGAUAUCUAGUCAACGCAUUUAUCAUAAGAUCUCCAUUAAAAUUUUUGAUAUGAAUUAUUUAAGAAAAAAUAUUGUUUAUAUAAUAAGGUUCAGAAUAUGAGUAAUUCGUGCGUCUUGAUACAACGAUCGUUCAUAAGGAAAUAUAUAAUGAUGUCUCAAAAUUACUUUGGUCAGAUAAUCUUCUUAAAUGAAUGGUAGUAAUCACGUAGGAUUGUUUCACUGAUUUCGUAAAAUCUGAGACAUAUAUGUAUGAUUAAUGUUUUUAAGCAAGGAACACACGGCGGGUGUGACCGGUCAGCAGAGGAUGCUCACUCCUCCAAAGCACCUGAUCCUACCUCUAUUUUUUUGGAGGUCCGUGUUGCCCCAAUUUGAAUUUGUGUUUCGUUUUAUAGUUAGACCAAAAUUAAUCACCUAAUUGUCAACGGAAUUUCCGUUUUUCCUGAUUAUGCCAAAGAACACACAGCGGGUGUGACGUGUCCGCAGAUGAUGCUUACACAUGAUCGUGCCUCUACGUUUUUAGAAGUCCGAGUUUGCUCUGCUCUGUUUUGUAUUUUUCCUUUAGACUUUUGGUUUUUAACACUGUUUGUUACCACCACAUAAAUGUUAAUUUUUUAAGUACCGAUGUAGGUUCCAAAUAAAAUUACAAUCUGAAAUUCACCAUUUAAUUUUUUAACGUUUUUAAGCACAGUCUUUUGAGCCAUUUAAGGUUUUUAUGGUAUCAAAGAUGUUAUGACAAGCAAUUUCUUUUCGAAAUUCCUGUUUGUAUUGAAAUGUUAGUAUGAAGAAUAACAAAUUGUCGACCAUCUCAAAAAUCCAUAAAGCAAAAUAAAAAUUCAAAGCAGAGCAACACGGACCUAUAAAAAAAAUAGACGAUUACGUUUACUCAGGGUUUGCGAUUUUAAAAAUAAUAUUUCUCAAAAGUGUAAUACCUCAAGUCCAAAAUUGAUUUAACAACACAAAAUAACAAUGAUAUAAACAUAUAUUGAUAUUUAUACCCAUGUUUUGUUUACUUGAGGACGAUAUGCUUUAACAAAGGUAGAUUUUUAUGGAAACAGGAUAUUCGGACAAAUUUUUGUCAUUUUCUUUUUUAAACUUUCUUGAGCAAUAUAAUCGGAAAAGUUGAGAUUAUAACUCCAAAAUUUGCCCCCUGACCUUAUAUAAUAUUAAUAUCAACAAAAUACAGACAAUUAAAAUAGUUUUAAGCGAUAAAUAUUUUGGAGCUACUGUUAGUCAUUUUAAACGUGGUCCUUUAGGGAAUAAAAAGGCCUACAAUUGUGUGCAAGGAAGUUUACAUAAGGACGGUCUGUGUAGUAGUUUAAACUAUUACUGAGAAAUGGGAAUGGCCAGGGUUUGCUUAUUUCGUAUUUUUCAAUUUCUUUGCAUUGUAUUUUUUUGCUUGAACAUUUUGCCAAAAAGUUUCAUGUUUAUUUUUAAUUGUGAUUUACCUGUUGGUUUAUGUGAUUUAUAUGUAUGUAAUAUAUCUAAUCUUUGUUUAUUUGGAAAUCUGAUGUGCACUUUAAGUUUGCAUGAAAUCUUUUAUAAAAUGUUCAAGUUGUU